AUGACGAUCCACAAGACGCAAGGCUUGACGUUGGACUCCGGGGAAUUGGAUCUCUCCAAAGUCUUCGAUCCGGCGCAGCUCUAUGUGGCGCUGUCCAGGUUCCGUUCGUUGGACCGGGUGAAGCUCUCGGGUCUGCCGGAGCGCCUGCCGCCGCCCGGCCCCAUGACACGCUUAGCGUUGGACUUCCACCAGAAGUUGGAGAGGGUGGAAUAG